AGGCGUUCUGGUACUUGUAGUUCUUUUUUUACACCCAUCUUAGAUCUACACUCCUAUCACAGUAAGUAUUUCUCGUGACAAUCUAUCAACAUCUAACUUAGAAUUGUGUGCCAUUAUAUGUGGUAGUUAUCGUAAAUAGGUCUUCUUAAGUUUGGUAUUACUGAGGAAUUCACAUUUAAUGGUUAUUAUCUCGUAUGAUUUCGCUAACAAGCUAACUAACGACGCCAGUCUCUUGUCUCGAAACCAACGUGAGCUAGGUAGCUAGCUGUGUUUCUGUUAGCUAGUGUCCAAAUAACAUUUGUACAUAAUACCCUAUUAAACAUUCCGUAGGGUGUGGGAUGGCCAUCUACUUAAAUGUGCAACAAGAGUGUGAAUAAAGUGAGAUAGCUAACUAGUAAGCAAACAAGUCAAUUUGUUAACAAGCCAACCAGCCAGUUGGUUAGCUAGCUAACACAACAAACCAGCAAAGUUUGCCCCAUACCUUGUAUUGCGUCAUGAAAUUCUAGGUUGGAAUCCAGGCAGUUCUAACAUUUUCAUUUAGAAGACCGCUAUAGUUACUGUAGUUAGCUAUUUUAGUUAUUACCUCUGCAGUGCCCUAUCAUGUUCAUGUAUGCCACAGACACAGUUGCUUGUACUGUAGCUCAAGUUACACCGUUUAGUUGUUCCAUAUUUCGCGGCUUGUCAUUCAAGGGUCAUGUCUUGGCUUUGCCCAUCCAAACACAGCGUUGCCAAACCUGUUACCCAUUUCAAUCACAUUCACAUUUAGACAUUAUUACACCCUUACCUCUGACCAGAGGUUUUGUUUUGUUUUGUUGACAGACAUGCCAGGUGAAACCACUGCAGAGACAGGCCCAGCGAUGGAGCUGCCACAGGCUGAGACUGGUUAGUAUCUUAUUUAUAUUUCUCAAUGUGUCUGUACUGUCCUUUAGGCUGUCUGUUGACCUGGCAUGAUAUGUUUUUCCACAUAUGGGGUCCUGGAACUCAACAGCAAAAUUACUAAACAAUCGGUUUUUAUUUUGUCAAAAUGGCAUUUCUUUACUCUGAUCAUGCUAGACCUAACCUUGUGUGUAAUCUCAAUUAAACUCUAACAUAGAAUCCAACAGGGUUUGUUUUUGUUUCCAGGACGCUAAAACAUCUACCGUACUCACCUGUACUGUAUGAGGUUUCUUUCUACUGUACUCACCUGUACUUUGAGGUUUCUUUCUACUGUACUCACCUGUGCUGUAUGAGUUUUGUCUUGGGACUGGGGUGUAAUGGACAAACUAAUACGCCAUUAUACUUUUUCUUGUGGUGUCUUGCAUGGAACAUAAUCUGUCCCCCAGAAAUAUCUGUCGUGAAUGCCUAUUCAAAAAGGCAAUGAGAAAGCAUAGUGAUGUCCUCACGAAUGAGUUUUCAGAAUUUGAGCUAUUACAUUUACCGGUGAGAAAUAUUUGCUAAAUUACUGGAUUAUUUUUCUGUUCAAUAUGCUAUACGAUGCUUGGAUUACCAGUGGUCAUUAUCCAUUCACAAUAAUGGGCGAAUUAUAAUCUGAAUCUGAUGUAGGCCUAAUGUUAAAUGUAAUCUGUCAUGUUUAUAAGUAAAAUGGCUUGUGAAUCACUAAUCUACUGGAAUUGUUCAUGCUAAAUGAAAAUGCUCAACUCAAAGGUUCCUCAACUGCUGUACAUUCAACUACAUCUUUCAUCAAUCUUAGGGUGUGUUCGUAAAUUCAAUUUGUGAGUGCGCUCUGGGCGUUUUGUAAAUUCAGAGCGUUGUCAGAUUGUCAGUUUGUAAAUUCAGAGCAUUUUACUUGCCCUUGCAGAGCUGGUUAGGCUGUUUUCAAGUUAUCUAGAGCAUUGGCGACUGUAACUGUGCUGCUGGCAACAAUUUAAAUACGUUUUUUUUUGCCGACGUUUACUGACACCGGCCAUAUUCAACGGGUGUUGAGCGUUCCAAAAUUAAUCAGUUAUUCUGCACUCUGGCACACUCAGACGAGAGUGCUCUGAAAUCGGAGGAGAUGGCCAGAGUGAAUUUACGAACGCACCCUUAAUUUCCUUACACUUCCUGUCUGAUCUAGCCUAAAUAGUACUCAAGGUAAAGCAUGUUCGAUUAGUCUCCUCCUUCACUUUCUUAGAACAUCUCUUGAAUGGUAAACCUAAUAGACUCUAUAUUUUGUACUCGCUUCUUCAGUCUGUGUACUGAAAGAUGAUGGGUCCCAAGGGGUUUCACUUGAAUGCGGGCACUGCAUGAUAAGACUGGCAGGGGAAUACAAAUAUUCACUAUCUCUGUAACAAACACUCUCACAAAGACUCCUGUUUAUACUGUCACGAUUAGACUCACAUUGGGAUCAUCAUGCACAACUUGGUGGUCUACAUUGUUACCGUUCUUCUGUGUGUAGAAACAGUACGUCUUGUAGUUCCGUUAGUACAUGUUGGAGUUGUUGUUUCUCAACAGUAGUAUUGGUUUCUCCAAUUUCUUGUUAAGAUGAAUUUGGACUAAAUUCAGCCCCGGUCUUGAUUCGCCUAUAGUUAUUCUUAAGGAGAGAGAAUCUCUCACUCCCUAGUUUGGAACAGUAUCCCACUUUUUUAUAACAUUUGUAUAGAUAUGUGUUCCCCAACAUGGGUUGCAGCUUUUAAUGUCGCUGUGACUCCCCCCCCUACUCUUUCAACUUCCCCUUUCUACUCCUCCUACUCUUUUCCUGGAUUCCCAGUGUUGGGAGUCGAUGGGAGUUGUAUCGGCAAACCAGUUUCACUACCCGAGGUAACCAAGGAAAUGGCUGAUCCAUGCCCCACUGUAGCUGCCGAAGCAGUUCAAGAUCACACUGAGAAGGUUAAGGACAAGCUGAAUGAAGAAGAGAUUGCUAGUCCUGUUAAAGAAGAACCAACAACCCAAGACCAAACUGCUGCUGUGCCAGAGGAAGACAGAGUGACCGCUGAGGAGCCAACUGUUGAAGCACCGGAGGUUGCUGUUGAAGAACAAGCUAGUCAAAUAGUGCCAGUUCCUGAAGCCACCACAGAAGAGCAAGAAACUGCUUCAGAAUAUCUUACAGCAACUGUGGCACCUGAAGUGGUUGAAGCCCCUGAGGUUGUGAGCGUUGCGGUCCAACAAAACGAAGUGGCCACUCAGAGCGAGGAACCCAAGGUGAAGGUCCGGACUAAGGAUGUUAAUGGUCAUUCCAGGUCAUUUGCUAUUCAUUCAGGUGGGUUAUAUGUGUUUGAACUUAAUGAAAACUGUCCCUCCCUCUAGGUGCUUUUCUUAUGCCAAUUUGGUUGGUUAAAAUUUUAAAUGAUGUUUGCGCUUUAGUGCUAAAGGAAUCAGCAAUGACCUUAGUCUUCUUUCUGAAAGGGUCACCUUUUUCGGUCUAAAGUUGGGAAUUUCAAUGAUCACUAACUACACAAUUUCUAAAUCACCUUAACCAUCUGUCAGGUUCGUGCCAGUCUGGCACAGGGUAGUUUUGACUGUGCUGUGCUGUGGCUGCUGUGGGUCUAUAGAACCUUUUUUUUUUUUUUAAGAAGCUGGUUGUCCUUGCUAGUAGUUUGCGUUGCAGUGCACAAUAACCUGUGUGUUCUUUGCCUGUUGACAGUGUGCUGUCUUUACUGUAACAUUUGUAUGCUAGUUAAGUGUAACUAACAUGCAUUGUCACUUAAAGAAACAAUUCCCUUUGCCACUCCUUAUGCCCCCCACCCCCCACCCAAAGCCUUUCGUGAACUAAUACUCGCACUUGACCCCCCCCCCCCCCCCCCCCCCUUACUAGCUGACUUUAUUGAGGGAAAAUGUACUUACUAUGACUGUGAUGUGGUUGUCCUACCUAGCUAUCUUUAGAUGAAUGCACUAACUGUAAGUCCCUCUAAUAAGAGCGUCUGCUAAAUGACGAAAAUGUGAAUAAUGUAGUGACUGUAGUUCUUGAGAUUGAACAUGCUCUUAUGUUGUUGUCAAUCGCUGUAUAGUGUGACAAAUCUUUUGCAACCCCUUUUUGCACCGACUAGUCAGGUUUUGUCAUUGACAUUUGUAUUUAUUAUGGAUCCCCAUUAGCUGCUGCCAGUCUACUAGAGCUGACAUUCAACAUUCUCUUAUGACAUUGCCACUUGUCAGUCACUGUUAUCCAAAUCCAACUGACAUCCUGUCUUUUCUUUAGACUCUGCUUCCAAGGUGCUCUCCUCCUUUCCCCCGUGCUGUUCUAACAGACCCCCUAUCCCCCUAAAAACUGGGACCACGCCUCCUCUGUCCUCUUCGCCCAAAGCUGUGCCUUCUUUCACCACCAAGCGCCCAUCUCCAACCAACCCUACCUCCUCUCCUAAGUCUCCCUCCACGCUUUACUGCUCCUCCACUCCCCCCUCUUCACCCCUGGCCUCGCCCCCUGUCGGCUCUCCUCUUGGUGGCACCGACAAGCACCAGGCCACCCCACAACCCAAGGUAAUAAAAGCCGUGGAGCCAGGGAAUGCUGAGAGUUUUACUAGGUCCAACGUACAACUAGAGCCUACUAAACCUAAACCUGCCCCUCUGGUUGACGCUCCACAGCUGCCAGCUGAAUCUAACAAUAUUGCGCUGUUACCUGAAGCUCUACAACCAACCAACUCUAACCCCGCUGCACCAGUUAAUGCCAGGCCAUUGCCUCCCACCAUGUCUGGUGCUGCUUCACACCUUCACAAACCCCCUGCCAUUCCUGUUCUAUCCUCAACGGAACUAUCCUCUGCCUCGUACGCUCAGCAAGUGGAUGUCACUGCCGCCGCCUUCCUAACUGAAGAUGCUGUCCUCUUUUCCCCAGCCCCAGCAGCUCCUUCCAUAGCUGUAGUAGCCACCAAGGCUGAAGUUGUCCAUCCUGAGGAUUCCACAACCACUAAAGCUACUGCCUUUCCAGCUCAGGUCUCAUUGUCAGAAGUGACGGACGUUCCAUUGGCUACGUCGCCUGUUAAAGCCUGCCCCUUCUCUUUUAAAGUGUUCUGCGAACAUGCUGCUCCUGCACCUAUGUCGUUCUCCACUGCUUUGCCCCCUCGGAGAGCUACAGAAGGUCAAGCAAAGGACCAGGUGCAUAAGGCUAUAGCUGUAUCUGCUGAGGCUUCUGUUGUGAAGGCUGAGCUGCCCUGUGAGUCUGCAGCAGUUGACGACCGAGCUGAACAGGUGUCCGUAGACGUGGCUGCUAAAGCGGCCAGCUGAGAAGCAGGAUGAUAUGCCUGCUGCUGCCACUGUUGCCCCUCUCCAAGCUUCUGCUGCUGAGCGUCCCGCCGUUGAAAAUAUUCCCACCACUGUAUUCCAGUCUCCUCCAUCUCCAUUCGAAAAGGAAACCCCUCCAAUUCCCUUUACUGCCCCCUGGUGUGGAGGUGUUUGUCCUUCCUAAAACACCAGCACCUCGAGCGGCUUCUCCUCCCAGGCUAUCCCCUGUCCCUGUCACCCCACUGAUUCCACUAGACGAACCCGGCGGCGGCACACCCGUAUUCCCCCGUCCACCCACACCAGUGGAGUCUCCCUCACCCCUCAAACCCUCCCCCCCUCCUUACCUCACCUCCAUCUUUAUCACUGAGCCUUCACCAGAUCCAGAGCCCAUUGUGGUAAAGCCAGUGGUCAACAACAACAACAAGGGUAUUAUGAAUCCACAUUGGCCUGCUUCGCAUGACAAUUUUUUAAAAUGUCACUAACAAUAUUAGUAUGCAUAAUUUAGGGUCAGGUAAUUUCUAUCUUCAUCGGAUACAUUGGGGUAAAAUGUAAGUAUUUGUUCAGUCACUAACAUAGCACUAACAGGAUUUUUUUUUUUUUACAGCAGGUAAAAUAUAGACAAUUCUGACUAUUUGGGAUGGUCUCUUUUUUUGAAUGGUUGUCUAACUAUGUUUAUUCCUACAGUCUAUGUUUGGUUCAUCCUCACUCUAGAAAAUCCACCCUUUGCUUGGCUUCUGUAGUGGCAACCAUUAGUGCUGACCAAAACCUGACCAAUGGCAAAAUGUGUAUUUGACUUGCAAGCUCUCACAGUGGUUAAGAUGUAAACGUGUGUUAAGAAAUGAGUUCACCUGUGCUGUAUGUUACUGUUUCAGUGGUGCAGUCUUCAGAGUUCCUAUGGACAAAGACCUCUCACAUCUUGAUUGGCGAUAACAUAAACCAGCAGUCAGACUUCGAAUGUCGUCAAUGACCUGCACACACCUGUUUUGACAUUUGAUCUUUAACACAACAAUGUAUAUUUCGGUCCAGUCACUAAUACAGGGGUUCUCAAACUUUUUUGGGGGCCACGACCCCAUUUUGAUAUCAUUUAUACAAUUUUAUUUGGGCUAUGACAGUCUAUUACAAAUCAGUCUGACAGUAUUUUUGACAGUAUUUCAAUCUGAAGGAAGCAUUGUUUGAAGUGACUGAAAUGCAUUAGAAAGGUAUUUGGAAGUUCAGAAGAUCAUCAGGCAAUAAUUUUGUAUGAUCUGUGUAGAAAAGAACGCCAUUGAUGUUAUUUUCCCACCAGUCUGAUUAACUGCCUGGUCUUGUCCACUCUGUUCUAAUGAGUCCUGCAGCUUGUGGGCAUUGUAGAAGGAAACAGAAGACACGUCCGUGUUCCUGAGAAUCGUAUCUUUCAGUGACGGGGUCAUAAUAUUUUUUUUUAGCUUAAAUCGUUCAAAAGAGAGCCACAUUUUUCUGAAGAAAACAGAAACCGAUCUGUGUAUUACAACCACAUCUAGUGGCUACCGGAGGUUACUGACGUAACCGCGGAUCUAUGAACCAAGCCCAAUGUUUUUUGUUUUGUUUCUCUCGCGACCUCAUUUUCAAAUCGGCGAGACCUCUAGUUUGGGAAGUGCUGCACUAAUACAAUGUCCUUUAACUGUCCCAGGGAACUGUAUGAGUGUAUUUGAAUGUGAUUGUAACCAAGUUGACUCCUUAUAUCACCACAUAAUUACCUUCCCUUAGAUGCCUUUUCUGCUUAAUGUAAAUUGUUUUGUUUACGUUAUACUAAAGAACUGAUUGUGUGGUAUUUUGUGACCAUGUGACAUGUUCAAAUGGAAUGUAUCUGAUGGUGUCUAGGGUCUGGCACAGAUUCCGACAGUGAUGAGUCCGUACCAGAUUUGGAGGAGCAGGACGCGACACAGACACAGCAGGCACAGGUACAGUAUGGCCACCAGGGGGUGCUGCUCCCCUACACUCAGGGGCCACCAGGGGGUGCUGCUCACCUACUCCCAGGGGUCAUAUCGAGGGAGGAGGGGGGGGGAAUCCCUCUUGUAAAUAAAAAGGACAUUGUGUGUCCCCUUUUUAUUAACUUGAUUUUGACCCUUUUUUUUUUUUUUGCAGAAGCUCUUAUCCAGAGCGACUUUAGUUUUAGUGAGUGCAUACAUAUUCAUACUGUGUUAAUAUACUUAACACCCCUCCCCGUUAACGCAACCACCUAUUAACCCCUGUCUCCAUCAAUUGUUUAUUAGUUGUACAGUAUGAAAAAUGUAUGCACUCACUAACUGUAAGUCGCUCUGGAUAAGAGCAUCUGCUAAAUGACUAAAAUGUACAGUUGAUAAAUGGCAGGUUGGCGUUUGUCAUGAAUCUUGCCCUGGAGGCAGAACUGAGCGAUUUCCGCUAGAUGGACCAGCUGCAAAGUCAAAAUUGGCUAUAUCGUAAGAAUUCCUGAAAAGAAAGUGCUCAUUUAAUUUAGGGUUAGGCAUUAGGGUUUAGUGUGGUUGGGGUUAAGGUUAGGUUUAAAGUCUGAUUGUAUGACUUUGUGGCUGUGCCAGCUAGUGACCUCUCGCAGAGCUGCCUCCACUACAUGAGUCAUGACGAUAAAUAACAACCUGCUGAUUAAUGUGUCCAGCUUACAGAAUAACUGAUUUUUACAAACCUGUUAUUGUUCUCUCCUCAGCUUGCUGCAGCAGCUGAGAUCGAUGAGGAACCAGUCAGCAAAGCCAAACAAAGCAGAAGUGAAAAGAAAGCUAGAAAGGUCAGUUAUGUUAAUUCAAAUGUUCCUAGAGUACAUUUAAUUGCCCCUGAAGUACCACAACAAUCAAAAGCAAUGUUCUCAACAUUUGCUCCAUGGACCAGCUACUUCUCCGAAUGAUUUGCUAAAUCAAUUACUUGUUUUGCUCUGAGGUUGUGCUGAAAAUGAGCUGCUAUACUACACAACAUUGUUUUGAACUACCAUCAUAAUGAAAAGUUCAUGUUUGGGGAAUGAUGCCAUAAGGACAUCAUUUCUUAAGUCUAAGUUUUUUACCCAGUGUAAAAACACAAUUAUAUGCUAAAUGGUUCAGUUGUAAUGACUUUCAGUUCAGUUUCCUUUGGACAAUAUGUUUCCUACAGACAAUAUGUUAAUUGAUUAGCUACUAUAGUGUCCUAUGGACAAAAUAUAAUCAUCUUCUCUGUCAACACCAGGCCAUGUCCAAGCUCGGCCUCCGUCAGGUGAUGGGUGUAACCAGGGUUACCAUCAGGAAGUCCAAGAACAUCCUGUUUGUCAUCCCAAAGCCAGACGUCUACAAGAGCUCCGCCUCCGACACAUACAUCGUCUUCGGAGAGGCUAAGGUAGGAAUCUACGCAAUUUUAUAUCAGACACGUACAUUGUCUUCGGGGAAGCCAAGGCACGUGAUGCUAUUUUAAGUGGUUACCAGAAAUACUAGCAGAAUCAUUAAUCAAUUUAAUCUUGGUUGGAUCUGACAGUGCAGCUUUUCAUUUCAGAUGGGACAUGCAAUACUUAAUGGUUUAUAAAUGCCUUAUAAGCUAUUUAUUUCACAAGUAUGUAUUUUAAGUUCUCUAUGAAUUAUACAAAGAUAUGCUCAAAUUAUUCUUGCGAUGCUGUUUUCUGAAAGUGAAUUUCCUUUUGUUCCAGAUUGAGGACCUGUCCCAACAAGCUCAGCUGGCAGCAGCAGAGAAGUUCAAGGUCCAGGGAGAAGACAGAAUGUCCAGCAUCCAGGAGAACACACAGACACCCACAGUACAGGAGGAGAGUGAAGAGGAGGAGGUGAGGGUCAAGGAAAACAUUUACUUACUGUGAUGUGUGGUUGUCUCACCUAGCUACACUGUGCCUUCGCAGAGUAUUCAGACCCCUUGACUUUUUCAAUAUUUUGUUAGGUUACAGCUGUAUUCUAAAAUUUGGUGAAAUUGUUUUUUUCCCCUCAUCAAUCUACACACAAUACCUCAUAACAACAAAGCAAAAACAGGUUUUUAGUAUUCAGACAGUUUACUCAGUACUUUGAUGAUGCACCUUUGGCAGCGAUUACAGCCUUGAGUCUUCUUGGGUAUGACGCUACAAGCUUGGCACACCUGUAUUUGGGGAAUUUCUCCCAUUAUUUUCUGCAGAUCCUCUCAAUCUCUGUCAGGUUGGAUGGGGAGCGUUGCUGCACAGCUAUUUUCAGGACUCUCCAGCGAUGGCUGUGUGCUUAGGGUCGUUGUCUUGUUGGAAGGUGAACCUUCACCCCAGUCUGAGGUCCUGAGCACUCUGGAGCAGGUUUUCAUCAAAGAUCUCUCUGUACUUUGCUCCGUUCAUCUUUCCCUCGAUCCUGACUAGUCUCCCAGUCCCUGCCGCUGAAAAACAUCCCCACAGCAUGAUACUCUAAGCGGCUGUCAUGUGCCUUUUACUGAGGAGAGGCUUCCGUCUGGCCACUUUACCAUAAAGGCCUGAUUGGUGGAGUGCUGCAGAGAUGGUUGUCCUUCUGGAAGGUUCUCCCAUCUCCACAGAGGAACUCUAGAGCUCUGUCAGAGUGACCAUCGGGUGACUAAGGCCCUUCUCCCCUGAUUGCUAAGUUUGGCCGGGCAGCCAGCUCUACGAAGAGUCUUGGUGGUUCCAAACUUCUUCCAUUUAAGAAUGAUGGAGGCCACUGUGUUCUUGGGGACCUUCAAUGCUGCAGACAUUUUUUGGUACCCUUCCCCAGAUCUGUGCCUUGACACAGUCCUGUCUCGGAGCUCUACGGACAAUUCCUUCAACCUUAUGGCUUGGUUUUUGCUCUGACAUGCACGGUCAACUGUGGGACCUUAAAUAGACCGGUGUGUACCUUUUCCAAAUCAUGUCCAAUCAAUUGAAUUUACCACAGGUGGACUCCAAUCAAGUUGUAGAAACAUCUCAAGGAUGAUCAAUGGAAACAGGAUGCACCUGAGCUCAACUUCGAGUAUAUUUGCAAAGAUUUCUACAUUUACAUUGACAUUUUAGUCAUUUAGCAGACGCUCUUAUCCAGAGCGACUUACGGUUAGUGAAUGCAUACAUGUUUUUUAUUUUUUUUUCAUACUGGCCCCCCGUGGGAAACGAACCCACAUCCCUGCCGUCCAAACCCUCCCCUACCUUGGACGACGCUGGACCAAUUGUGCGCCGCCCAUGGGUCUCCCGGUCGCGGCUGGCUGCCACAGAGCCUGGACACGAACCAGGACCUCUAGUGGCACAGCUAGCACUGCGAUGCAGUUAGCUUCUUCAAUUAGAUGCCAACUAAUAUUCAUACAUGGACAAUAGGUGGGGCAGGAGGGAGAAUGGUGUUCUUGAUUUUGAGAAGAAUUCCCCUUUUCUUUAGAGCUUCAAAUUGAGAUUGUUAUCGUAAGCAACAACAAAAAAUCUUCAGCGGUGCCACUCUGGAUUCUCCAAGGGGAAUACUCCCUCUAUGCUCCACGAGAGUUGUAGAGUUGCUUUUGCUGGGAAUUGUCCACUGUUGGCAUCAAUUUACUUGGUCCCAAAAAUAGUGUGUGGAGGAUUUCCUUUGUCUAGUUUUAUGAGUCCCCAGCUGAAAUCCAUAAGGUUCAUUUAAAAGUUUCUAGAAAGAUUAAGUCAAUUAAAAAAGGCCCUCCUGACAUUUCAGCACACUAGGCUUCUUCAGAGGGGUUAGGGUUACAGUUAGAUAUAAUAUGCCAUUUAGCAGACACUUUUAUCCAAAGCGACUUACAGUCAUGCGUGCAUACAUUUUUAUGUAUGGGUGGUCCCGGGGAUCGAACCCACUACCCUGGCGCCAUGCUCUACCAAUUGAGCUACAGAGGACCACAUAGAUGUAUGUAUGGAUAGAUGGUUACCUGCUGGGCAUCUCUGUCUGCCUGUCGCACCUCCAUCAAUGUAGGCCAGCUACAGGUCAUCAGCUGCCUGGGGAACACCACUUGUAAAUGUUUCCCAGUAGGCCGACAUUUCCUGGUGGCAGAGCAGUGACAGGAAGGUCGCAUUUAGGAGACUCUUGAUACACACACACACACACACAGACUUCACACACAGCAAGAUUGGUGUAGUUCAUUUUACAUCCAACAUGUUUUAUUGUUCUCCAAGUUGAACAGUUUACCCUGUCUUGGCCUUUUCCACACGCCCAAAACAACAUGGCAUCAUUAUACAUGGCAUUUGUUAAGGUAGCAGUGGAGGCAUACAAGGUCUAAUUCUCAUACAGAGAAACCAACCAAUGUAGAGAGGGCAUAUACAGGAUCUCUCCACAGUCAAACCAAUGGAGAGAAAGCAUACAUGAUCUCUCCAGUCAAACCAAUGGAGAGAGAAACCUGUUUUCGCUUUGUCAUUAUAGGGUAUUGUGUGUAGAUUGCUGAGGAUAAUUUUUUUUAAAAUCCAUUUUAGAAUAAGGCUGUAACGUAACAAAAUGUGGAAAGUCAAUGGGUCUGAAUACUUUCCAAAGGCACUGUAUAUAGAAAAGUAUGUGGCCACCCCUUCAAAUUAGUGGAUUUGGCUAUUUCAGCCACCUUUCCAACAAGUCAGUUCGUCAAAUUUCUGCCCUGCUAGGGCUGCCCUGGUCAACUGUAAGUGCUGUUAUUGUGAAGCGGAAACGUCUAGGAGCAACAACGGCUCAGCUGCAAAGUGGUAGGCCACACAAGCUCACAGAAUGGGACCGCCGAUUGUUGAAGCGCACAGUGCGUAAAAAUAGUCUGUCCUCGGUUGCAACGCUCUCUACCGAGUUCCAAACUGCCUCUGGAUGCAACGUCAGCACAAUAACUGUUUGUCGGGAGCUUCAUGAAAUGGGUUUCCAUGGCCGAGCACCCGCACACAAGCCUAAGAUCACCAUGCGCAAUGCCAAGCGUCGGCUGGAGUGGUGUAAAGCUUGCCGCCAUUGGACUCUGGAGCAGUGGAAACGCGUUCUCUGGAGUGAUUAAUCACGCGGAUGCCAGGAGAACGCUACCUGUCCCAAUGCAUAGUGCCAACUGUAGUUUGGUGGAGAAGGAAUAAUGGUCUGGGGCUGUUUUUCAUGGUUUGGGCUAGGCCCCUUAGUUGAAGGGAAGUCUUAAAGCUACAGCAUACAAUGACAUUCUAGACAAUUCUGUCCUUCCAACUUUGUGGCAACAGUUUUGGGAAGGCCCUUUCCUGUUUCAACAUGACACUGCCCCCGUGCACAAAGCAAGGUCCAUACAGAAAUGGUUUGUCGAGAUCGGUGUGGAAAAACUUGACUGGCCUGCAUGGAGCCCUGACCUCAACCCCAUCGAACACCUUUGGGAUGAAUUGGAACGCCAACUGCGAGCCAGGCCUAAUCGCCCAACAUCAGUGCCCGACCUCACUAAUGCUCUUGUUGCUGAAAGGAAGCAGUGGAGGCUGUUAUAGCAGCAAAGGGGGGACCAACUACAUAUUAAUGCCCAUGAUUUUGGAAUGAGAUGUUCAAUGAGCAGGUGUCCACAUACCUUUGGUCAUGUAGUGUACCUUAAGAUGAAUACACUAAAACUAAGUCGCUUGGAUAAGAGCGUCUGCUAAAUUUCUUAAAUGUAAGGGUCGAACUCGUCUAAUGGUCAGGUCUUCGCGCUGGUUUCAACCUAGCCUGGUCCCAGAUUGGUUAGCUCUGUUCUGUCAGAUUUAGGGACCAGGCUUGUUCCAAUUUACAUCCUCUGACGUUUACUCAACUUUUAUCAUGAAACAUUAGUAAUUAAUAAAUGUAUGGCGUCAGGAGUUUUCACUUCCUCAUUGUGCUCUACCAAUAUAAUGAUAAUCCAUUCUAAGUGAUUGAUUUAUUAGAACUUCCUCCCAAUUCACUUCUGUGUUCCAUCAUGCUUUGCAGGUUGAUGAGACUGGCGUGGAGGUGAAGGACAUUGAGCUGGUGAUGUCACAAGCCAACGUAUCUCGAGCGAAGGCUAUACGAGCACUCAAGAACAACAACAACGACAUCGUCAAUGCCAUCAUGGUAAGUAUAUUUAAUUGGUUGUCACUUAUGUUGUGAAUGUACUAUCAGUUGUAAUUGAUGUUUACCUUUGAUUGUUAUGUUCUAAGCUUAUGACAGGCACAGUUCCAUCUGAACAAUAAAGUUCUAGAUUCUAUUCAAUGUUGGCACCUCCUUAGAUACAAACCACUUUUUGUUUUCUUCUUUGCAGGAGCUGACCAUGUAGAUGCCAUGAGGACCAGGUCCAGUCCAGCAUUAAACCCCAGUAGACGUUGUCUAUUCAAUUCAUUCCAAGGAUAGAAAUAGAAGUUGUGGAUUAAGGGGAUGGAAUAUUUAUUCUUCUUCUGUUUACCGUUUGUUUUCCCAUUUGUUGGUAAAUAAAAUGUUUUCCUCACAUUA